CCACGACCUUGCUGUUUUGAAUAGGCGUGGCUAACACUGCGUGAUUACGAUAGACGAGCCUUUCUUACUACCGACAAGAGUGUGAUCAUUCUUUUACGCACUUACUUCAUUUGAACAAAAUUUCAGCAAUCGAGCUAAUUUAAGAUGUUUUACACUUGUGGUCCCAAUGAGGCGAUGGUGGUCUCAGGCUGCGGCCGCUCCCCUCCUUUGCUGAUUGCUGGAGGAAGAGUGUUUGUUUUACCCUGCAUUCAGAAAAUCCAGCGGAUAUCUCUUAAUACUCUCACUCUUAAUGUGAAGAGUGAUAAGGUCUACACCAGACAUGGAGUACCUAUCUCAGUGACAGGCAUUGCCCAGGUGAAGAUCCAGGGGCAAAAUAAAGAAAUGCUGGCCGCAGCUUGCCAGAUGUUCAUGGGGAAGUCCGAGACUGAGAUCUCUCAGAUUGCUUUGGAGACUCUUGAGGGACAUCAGAGAGCCAUUAUCGCUCAUCUGACUGUGGAGGAGAUUUACCAGGACCGUAAAAAGUUUUCAGAGCAGGUAUUUAAGGUCGCCUCCUCUGACCUGGUCAAUAUGGGGAUCGGUGUUGUCAGCUACACACUCAAAGAUGUUCAUGAUGAUCAGGGUUAUCUCGUCUCUCUGGGUAAAGCUCGUACCGCUCAGGUGCAAAAAGACGCUCGUAUCGGAGAGGCUCAGUUUAAGAGAGAUGCUGUUAUGAGGGAGGCUCAUGCAAUGCAGGAGAAGGUCUCUGCUCAGUAUAAGAAUGAGAUUGAGAUGGCCAAAGCCCAGAGAGACUUUGAGCUCAAGAAGGCCGCCUAUGACGUUGAGGUCAAUACCAAGAAGGCGGAGUCUGAAAUGGCCUAUCAGCUUCAGGUGGCUAAGACAAAGCAGCGCAUCGAGGAGGAAAAGAUGCAGGUUCAGGUUGUGGAGCGCACACAGCAGAUCACCCUGCAGGAGCAGGAGAUCACCCGUAGGGAGAAAGAACUGGAAGCUAAGGUCAGAAAGCCAGCUGAUGCUGAGAGAUAUCGUGUCGAGAAGCUCGCUGAGGCAAUGAGACUACAGUUGAUCAUGGAGGCAGAAGCUGAGGCCGAAUCCAUCAGAAUGAGGGGAGAGGCCGAGGCCUUCGCGUUGGAGGCGAAGGGUCGCGCUGAAGCAGAGCAGAUGGCCAAAAAGGCAGAAGCUUUUAAAGAGUACAAAGAGGGAGCCAUGGUGGACAUGCUGCUUGAGACACUCCCACUGAUGGCAGAGGAGAUCAGCAAGCCACUCGCUUCAGUCCAGAAGGUCACCAUGGUGUCCAGUGGAGGGUCAGAAGUGGGUGCGGCUAAACUGGCUGGAGAGGUUCUGGAUAUUAUGAGUCGCCUGCCGAUGACGGUGGAAAAACUGACUGGAGUAAAAAUUUCACAGGUUCCCUCAACCCGCAUGGGUUAAUGGAGUUCACUAAGACAGAAUCGACUUUAAUCCGCUGUGAUGUUGGAUUUUAACUCUUUCGGUCUAUGUAUGCUUGAAUGCAUGCCUGUGUUUAUACUGAACCUGGAACCUCAAUGUUAUUGUAGUUGUUUUUUGUUAUCCACCAUAUUGUAACCUUUGAUAUUUUUACACCAGGCUUUGUGAAUUAUAUGCUUUUAUAACAUUAUAUAAUCAUUUUGUAGGUUAGUUGACUUAAGAGCCUCUCUGAUUUGUAAUAGUUUAAGGCAGUACAAUCUCAGUUUUUCAUCUGUGAAUAGAUUCUGUCCUUGUGCCUCUUGAUUCUGCUAGGUUUCUUUCAGAACCAAAGUGCAUUUAAGAUUAAUGCAUACACAUUUACCUCAAGUGCAUUAUUGAAGCCAUAUUGCAUGUUGCCUUACAUAUACACGUGGCUGGUUGCAUAAACUGUUUAAACUCUUUAAACUGCCUUUUUUCUUUAAGUUGGUCAUAACUUUUUCAUUCAGUUACAUGAAACUGAAAAUUAAAGGACCAGUAUGUAAGAAAUUUAUAUCAAUUAAUCAUAAAAGGGCCCUGAUAUGUCACUAGACAUUAAGAAAUCAUUUUCAUCUCAAAUACUUAUAUCGCUGACAACAUUGAUCCAGCAAGGAUAUUGUCAUUUAAAAAGUGGAGUUGCAGCCCUCAACUGAUGUUUAUGUUGUCAUGUUGUAUUUUGGCCACCAGUUGUGUGAUGGCAGUACCAGUUUUAGCCACAAGUUUUGUGAUUGCAGUACCAGUUUUGACCACAAUCCUACAUACUGUUCCUUUAAGACACAGUCUUAACUAAGUGGCUAUGUUUAUGCAACCGGCCACUGAUCUAUCAAAAGCAUAGACUUAACACUGAAAUGUGAUGCUACAUUUAUGCCUUUUUACUAAAUCUCUCUGUGACUGUUCACUAUAGCUGCUUUAAAGUUACAUGCUGUGAAAAAUAUCUCAUUAGAAGGUCAUUGGCUAAAGAUAUUUUCCUUAAAACUAUGAAACAAAAGGUUAUUGACAUACCUGUAUAUAGAGCAGAUAAUAGUUUUGUUUUACUAUUCAGCGUCUGUGCGCUCAGUUCUGCUCUGUGGUUUAUAAAGGGAUUUUUACAGCAAGUUGAAAAAUGAGAAGGUGAGGUGCAAGUUGAUGGACAAACAGGAAAAAGAAGAAGAGAAAUUGGUUAGGUUUUCAGUACAUACCACAAACAGGUCUUGAUGGCCACAGAAACUUCAGGGGAACACUGAUGUCGCUUUCAUUUCUCAUGUAAUACAGUGCAUGGAGAAGACAGUUAAUCUUUAUAUUUGACUGUACUGUAAUGUAAUGUAAAGUAUAUAAUAACACAAGAUGCAAUCCUAUGCAUCUUCUCACAAAGUGCCUCAAAUCAGCUGCCUCACUGAAUCGGACUAUCUGACUAAUCUGCCAUGGCACAACAGUUGUGUUUCAGUGCUAUUUGGGGCAGUUUCUCAGACUGGGCUUAUCCAAUCCAAGAUUAAAAUGCAUGUUUGAGCUGCUUUAAUUUAAAAACAACUUGCUCUGACUAAUUUUAACAUAUAUCAGUGACAUUGUUUUGUCUCAAGAAUCACACAUGAAUCACACUUUUUAAAUGUUCUAAUAUAAAUGAGGCCUAGUCCUGGAUUAACCUAAACCCUGUCCGGGAAACCACCCCAUUAUCAGAUACUUUAAUGUCUCAUGUCCAAUACAGUCAAUGUUUUGCAAUAAGUUUUUAUUCAGGUGUUGGGGCUUGUUCAUUUGUUUUAACGUAUGACAUCUUUUCACUAAAUCUUUGCCUUUAUAUUCAAUGAAUGUAGAUGUUAAAACUGACUAAUCUCCAUGGCCAGGCUGAGAUUCAUGUUUGUUUUAUUAAACAUAAUAAACUAUUCUGUAUGCGUUGUCA